UAGUCUGUCCAUUCUGGGACAGCCCGUUCAAACUGCUCGUGUUCCUAAGACCGCACGUGUACCACCGUGUCGACGAAACCGUGUACGUUGACGGUUUCGCUUCGAACUCGCGGGACGUACGGCGACGGCUCGGAGUGAAUCAAAAGAAUCGAACUUCAAUUAGGAUAAAAUUGAGAUACGACAAGAGGGGGGGGAGGACACGUGUGCCGGUGGUGCAAUGUGAACGAAGUGUGGGGUACGCGAUCAGUAAACAAAGCGGUAUCGUAUCGUGAAGUUCGUAGGUGUCGAGAGAAAGGGAGAAAGAGAGAAAGAGGAAGAGGAGGCGAGAGGACCCGGCAGUAGGUCGAGGGUGGUACUGUGACCUAGUGCGGAAAUCCACCCACCCUGCACAAUGAUUGUGCGGAGGUGCUUCGCACCGACCGCGGUAUUCAUCGUCCUAACGUUGUUAGGCGAAUUCGACGGAAGCGCGGCUGAGCGAUGGUCACGACAAGUCUCUAACAGCGAGUGGAUCCCCCUGGCUAAUCCGGGAACCGCAUCCGGUCAAUUGCCACGGGGAAACGCGGAAAGCGUGGUGCGGGCUAGCAGCACGCAUUUGCCGAAUCCAAUCCAAACGCUCGCAUUGCCACCCGCCCUUCAGCAGCAAUACCAAGAUCAAUUGAUUCAGCUGCAAAAGACGCAGGAGAGCAUUCAAAAGCUCCUCCUGCUGCAGCAGCAACUUAAAGCUCAGCAGCAACUUCUCCAGACUCAGACGUUACUGCCUGGCGAUUAUAGUAGCGCGGAAGAUGAGAAACAAGUACUACCGCCGAGUUCCUUAGGCAACUUGCAAACAGCACCCGAAUUAGCGUCGGAAGCUUUGGUACCGGCGCAUCCGUCCACGGGGGCACUUCCGCCGAUGCAUCCUCCUCAGAACUUCCUAUCUCAAAGACCGGGACAAGCCUAUCAGAAUCAGGAACUAGCGAGCUUGCCUGUUCAGGAGCAGAUUUUACUGCAACACGGCGGGAACGUGGAGGAUACGCAAGAAAUACCGCACACUUACAUAACGAAACCAGGAAGCCAGAGACCUGACGGAAAACGUUUGAAAGGACAACCGAGAUUACCGCAAUCCUCUCUGAAUGGAAACGUGGGCGACGAGGAAGAAGAGGUUCAACUAGUGUAUGUCCCGGCGGAAACAUUGGCACAAAGAGGUCAAUUGAAAAGGGUCCGCGGAAGGAAGCAAUAUCCUGUUCGCCAACAGCAACACCGAGAGAAUCAAGGAAACAUCGAUCAAACCUCUCUUUCGCCCGAACAGGAAACCUUGGCGCGACAAGUGUUGCAGCAGAUCCAGAAGGAACACGAAGAGAAUGCGCAGUUCCUGAAGGAGGAACGCAUGAGAGAGUUCACCAGAUUGAACGAAGAGCAGAAAGCGCUAGAGCGAAAGGCGCGAUUGCAGCAGGAGGCUCUCCAAAGAGAACAGGAACUGUUGCGACAAAAGGAGGCCGAGAAGAAACGAAAGGAAUUGGAAAGACUGGAAGAAAUGGCGAGGCAACAAGAACUGGAACGAAUUCGCGAGGCUAGAGAAAAGCAGAGGCAGGAAGAGCUCGAACGACGACGGCUUUCCGAACUUCGCCUCAAGGAAGAGAGGCGCCGCGAGGAAGAAGCAAGACAACGCGACGAGAGGCAAAAGCUGGAACUGGAGCAACAGAGAAUCCUGGAAGGUCAACAGAAUGAUCAAUCGCGAGCUACUAGUCCAAACUUCCAAAACGCUCAAUCCCAAGCCCUGAUCCGUGAACAGGCGCGUCGUCAGCACCUGCCGGAUGGUAACAGAAACAAGAAGAUUCGCGGCAGACAACGUCCACGAGUCAACCAGUAUCAGGAACAGUCGACUUAUCACGAGGUCACUACCACGCCGUCGCCUAAUCAGCCGCCCCUAUCCGUUUACAUGGGCAGUUCCUCGUCCAGGUUGGAUAACGUUAGGGUUACCGAUGUCCUGAAGAUCUUAAAGAACGCGAAAACCAUCGCUGUUCUGGAUAACGUCGGCCCCCACAGCCCGCAGGUGUUCGUGGGUCCGUCAAACUUAGAUCCUCCCUACGGUUACGCAAAGUUCGAUCUUCCCUAUCUGUCGUCGAUCGAUCAUAAUAGAGUGGAACGCAAAGUCGACAAACUGCCUUUCUUCGUCGCUCCGCUGAGCUUCGAGCCGCCUCCGGGUUACUCUAAAAUCCCCUUCCCAGCACCGCACAUCGGUUCCGUUGUUGUCAACAACCUAUCGGAAACAAGCUCGGAAUCGAAUAUCCCAACGGAUGAACAGAAUCCCAGUCCGUCGCCAUUGAUAGAGCCGAACUCUUACAGCGAAGUCGAUCAAAGCGGAUCCAUCGCUACCACUGCGUCCUACGAUUCCUCGAGCACUCAAAGCUUCUCCCCGGAAUCCAACAGUCCCAAGUACGAGCCCGCUUACUUAACGCCGUCCUCAAAUUCGAAGUUCAGAUUUAGGCAGUAUUACGACAAUAAGCCGAGCCCCGUGCUUAGCACGUCGUACUACGAACAAUCGACCGCGAAAACAAAGCCGAAGCAUUACUACGAGCAAGAGAAACUAACUACUCAGCCUCCGAAACUCGAAACGACAGUCAGCUAUAGACAAGAAGUGACCUAUUCUAGCACGCCGAAUUUCCAGGAUAGAUCAGUAAGUCCGCAUGAGCCUUCUACGAAGGAGCAGGAUCUGGUGGCUCAAUUGGCGUUCAUCAAUCAAGAACUUGCUCAGCAAAGAGAGCCUCAGAAAUACAUCGCCGAACAGUAUCAUUCCCAAUCUAAUCUAGGUGAGUCGUACGGCGUGAAUGACGUCAGAGCGCCAGUUGGUCCGACGCAAUAUAAUUUACCAGCGGAAUUACCACCGAUCUCUCCGCACUUGCCGGGCUUAGUGAAUUCCUUGUUGGAUAAGCAAGAAGAGAAUCCUCCUGUCGCUCCAACGCCACCGUCGACAACGACCACGACCACGACCACGACACCAGCAACGACGACUACUCGUAUAAGCUCCACGACUUACAGGCCACGGGGAAGAGGCAGAACUAUACCUACAAGACCCAGAACGACUCAGGCACCUACUAACAGAACGGAAAGAACCCGAAGACCAUCGUACAAUCGAUCCAAAUCUAGAUUUACGACCACAACGGAGGAAUAUCGCGAGUCCACUUACGAGCCAACGAAGGCGAAGACGCCGGAGACCACGCAGAAAUAUAACGCGGUAGAACACAGAAGACCAGCAUCUAGAACGCAGAAACAUAGGAAUCGAGAUAGAGCGAGUUCCCAGGUUCAAAAUCACAACGUUCAAGCAGCUAAUUACGAGAACUAUCCUCAAAGCGAAUCGCAGAGUAAUACAUCUCCCGAUGUGUAUUCGCCGCCAAGCGGGCCCGCUUCUGGUCUCUACCAGAAGGAAACCCCCCCAUCAGGAAUGAGCAAUUAUCCGGAGAACUAUCCGACCACUACACAGACCGAAAAUUACCCACCGUUCCGUGAGAUCCAGCACAGUACGCCCUUGGUAUCCGACGAUUACUCCAGGAGGGAGAAUUACCCACAAACUCGUCCUCAGGAAACGCGCUAUCAGCAAGACGCGACGUACGUUCAGAAUGACGGCUUCCAACCAUCGGGACUCGAGAAGACUCCGGUGAACGGAUUCAAUUAUCAAAUUGUAAACGAGAACUCACCGGACCAAACGAUUCCCCAGAGACCCAAAGAAUAUCCGCAUUACCAGGAAGAUUAUGAUCUGGCCACGACGGUGGACUCGCGAGUCACGCCCGGCGAGGAACAUCGGUAUUCCCCAAUUUACGAGACGCAAACUCAGCCGGAUUAUAAUACCGAAGGACAGAAUGCGUUCCGCAAUAUUGACAACAGCAAGAUCGAGGGUACCGUGGUAGAGACUGAUUCGAAUGCGUCACCGAUUUUCGUCCCGCUUCAACAGAGCAAGCAGGAAAAUUACGAAUUGCCCUCCACAGAAUCGUUGAUUACCGAAAUGACCACGACUAGCACGACCACUCCGGCGCCCGUGAUAAUACGUCAACGUGUCCGAGCACGUCUAGGCGGUCGCACUCAUCAAGACUCCGCGAUUCAGACGCGACCACGCGGCUCUCAGGACGAGUAUGUGCGUUUCAGCGCUGUGAACAACGAUUCCGGUCGUAGCAGCGCCGCGACCGGUCAACGGCUUCGCGACGGAUCGAGGACGAGGAUACGCACGCGUCCCCAAAGUCACGGGUCGCAGGUGCAAACCGAGGGUAACGAGUACAUAAAGAUACACGCGGCUCAGCAGAGACUGGUCGCCACCACUGAAAGACCAACGACGACAAGCACGACGGCUCGUACGGUGGAGGAGGAGGACAUCGAUUACGGAUUCAUAAGGCCACCAAACUUCCGGCCGUUGCAUCCGGUGCAUCCGGUGGAUACCAGAUUCCAAGCGCCUGUUACUUAUAGACCCGCUUUGUCCGAGAUACAACAUAUUCUCCCCAAUGACGAGACGGAGGAGGAGUCGAGCCCCACCCACGUUUCGAAAAAUCGUCCGAAGUAUCAAACUUCGAACCGUCGACCGACCACGAAAAUAUUCACAACGACGACGAGCACGACAACGGAAACUGUACCUGUUGCGACGACGAUGCCAGACGAUGCCGUGUACACUGUAAAACCGAAAACAAGAUCGGAUGAGUCAAAGUUGACGAGAGUACGAGGAAGAGUCCGCCGACCCGGAAAGAAACGCAUUACGACAACGACGGAAUCUGGCCUCGAGGCGAACAACGAAUUGCCUCUGGACGAGAACUAUCCUCGAAUAACGCCGCAACAGCUGCCGGUGACGGCGAGUGGACAACAGCCUCUUUACGACGACAAUUUCGACGUCACGCCGCAAUUUGUGCCGAAUCAGAAUCGACCGACACAGUUUUACGAGGAGAACAGCGAAAGCUAUCCGCCUCAAGAAUUUGUUCUAAACUUCGGCAAUCUUCCGGGGCAGGUGUCGCAGCGCGAAGAAUACGAUCAGACCCAGCUGGCUAGUGUUCUACCGAAAAAGUAUAGCCACUCGAGUCGCGUGAACUCGGACGCGAGCGCGCACUCCACCGGUGACAUUUACGGCGCCGAGAGUCAGUGGUCUACGAAGUUGUCGAAAACGUCGUUCCAGCCGAGCUUCGCCUCGAAUCGCGCACCCGGUGAAACGAAAAGGGGUCGAGAUAGAAGCGGCGACAAUCAGGAAAACGAAAAUACGCCCGAGAUUAUUACGGCCGGACCGGAGGUGCCGUCGGUGACGAUGGUCGUUUCUUCGGACUAUCAGAAACACUCGAACGACGCCGACAAUGUGGACACUACGAUGGAUGGCUUCGGAUGGAAGACAAACGCGCAGGAUCAUACGGAGAAAUUGAACGCCACGACGGCAGUAACGAAUUCGCCGACGACGGUACCUCAGAAUCAAGUCCAGAGCGAUAAGGAAACGCUGCCAGAAUCGCGGACGAGCAGCAACAACGAAAACUUCAAGGAACAGAUGGGUGAUGGCGCGAGAGUGACGAAACCUGGCUCUCCCACCGGGAGAAAGACCCGAAGGAGGAAAGUUCGCGUGCGGGUAAGACCUCUCAUAGACGAUUUUGUCACUGCCGAAUCUCAACACUACAAUUCUGCGUUGAAUAGCCUGGUUCAAGAUCAAUACAAGUACAAUCCGAUUCGCGAGUCGAGGUUCACCACCGCUCAGCCAAUCGCGACGACCGUAACCGCAAGUACCGCGGCGGCCGCAGAAUCGACCAAGAAAUCGCUCCUCCAGAAUUUCCUGGAGGAAAUGCUGAAAAACGACGAGAUUUCUAUCCCGACUCGCAUCACUUCAGUCACUACGGAGCUGUCCGAUCGGACGACACCCAUAACGACGCCGUCCGUCUUCUCCAACGAUGGUGAAGUUACAACCAUGAAAGAGAGUUACGCACCGAACGAUACGACGAUGAACAUCAGCGAAGAACGCAUUCCUACGGUAAAUGAAGAUUCAAACGGAUCGAAAGCGACAUCGUCUGAAGGAACAACCUUGUCACAAGAAGAAACUGAAGUACAAGAGGAAUCCAAGUCGGAAGAAGAUUGGAACAAGAAAAGUUCUCAGGAGGACAAAAGCGAGCAGAGUGAUUUGGAAGAUGUCGAAGUAUUUAACUCGCCAUCGAAUUAUCCCGAUGAAUCAGAAACCUCGAAGAAAGAUGAGAAUAACAUAACAAAACUAAGUGUCAUCGGUAAAGAAAAGGAACACGUGAUGACGUUAAAGAAGCAGGAAAACAUCGAAGAGAACGAGGCGCAUCCGAAGAAUCAUAAAACCAAGUGGAGCGAAGUGAAAUACCCGUUGACUUUCGAGAAAUCGCAAAACGCGUUGAAUUCUUAUUCCACGACCCUUAUCCCGGGUGUCGUUACGCGAGACGAGGGCGAUGGCAGCGUGAAAACGCUCUCCGACUACGUGAAGGCCAUCUUUGACAGUAUGAAAAACGCCGAAGGUGAAGAGAUCGCGAAAGUGGUCGAAGCUAAAAGUGAGACAGAUAAUUAUAACUUGAAUAAUACUGCUUCGGCGCACGCGACGAGGUCGAAAGAAAGUGAAGAAAUCGAUCGAAAAGCCGGCACGACUGACUCGCCGCAGGACUCUGCCGCGACGCAACGUGUUAGGAUUGAAGAGAACGGGACGGAGUCCGACGAAACGCAGGAAGUAACGAAGGAGAGUACUACCACUUUCGGAACAACUACGCUAAUCCCUGACGCGAUCGCAAGUACGAUAGUACCUUCCGAGAAUACCCUGAUAACGGAGCCUUCUACGACGACUGCGACAUCGAUCAGACAAGCGAGCAACAUAUUUAGAACGAACUCCACGAUGUUGGGCAAGGUCCUAAGAACCUCGACCACCACGAAGGUGUCUCACAUGACAGAGAUUUGCUAUAGGGGUCGAUGCGUGAUGACGAAACCCAAGAUGGAGGACAUUAUGACGAGAUGAGGGAAAUUCGACAAUUCGUCGAUUCGGUUGUGGGAUUAUCCUUAGCACUUUUCUGACCGGUUAUCAAAAGAUAAAUAAUGUGACAAUAAUAGGUGCUCAAUAAAGAAUUCUGGAGAUUUCUCUCUUUAUUGAGCAUUUACCAUUACUGAGAAAUGCAAUAUAACUAUUAUAAAAAUGUCGAGUAACUUAGCAAUAUUUUUAUAUCAAUAUUUCAUAUAUACUUACGUUAAUUUUAAAUAGAAAAGUUUCAAAGAACCCAGUGGAAAGCUACGAUAAGAAUCGAAUCAUUGAAACCGGACAGAAAAAUGUCAACUGUCUUUUGCACUUUUUACAUAAUUUUUAUUUAUUGAUAGAGAUAUAUCGUGCUAUACAAAUCGAAUCUCCAAAAGGUCGUCACGUUCAUCAACAUCCUACACAGGUAUUCUUCAUAUAUUUUUCAAAUUGCUCGUUAUGCUCAGCAUUCUCUUAAUUACAUGUCAUGAACGAAAAGGGUAUCAUUUUGCAUCACAAAGAUAAAUUAAUGUUUGAAUGCCAACCAAAUUACGACAUAGCGGAAUAACGAACUAAUUAAGUUUCCCGUCUCACAUAUAAACACGUAAGGAAUGAUCAAUAUUCCCUCCAAGGACUUUCAUUAUGAGAAGAUAUAUUAUCGCUGGAAGAUAAGGCAUCGUCUAAGAUAUCGCGACAAAUGACGUGUGUUGGAGGGUUAAAAGCAAAAUACCGUGAUAUCGGUUGUGAAGAGGGACAUCCCCUUCUGGGAAGGAAAUUUUGCGUCGUCGACGGCAAAUCGAUCGUCCGUCGCGACGCGUACUUAUAAAAAGGGCGCCGAGCGUCCUUCCAGCGAGAUCGAAGCGAGAUCGAAGCGUAAGCUCGACUCGCACGAAUAACGUGUAAGGAGCUAAGUCUAUUUAAUUUAACUACGUACUUGCGUAGUAUACGUGUAAGUUAAGCGUGUAAGUAUUUUAAUAAAGACGCGAGAACGCAAGAAAACAAGAA